CGGGGCGGGGUGUGUCCGGCCUCGCGGUCCCUCCGCCCCUGGGUCCCGCCGCCACACGCCGCUGAAACUCUGGACCAGGCGCGCUUUCCUCCCCGUCGUCCCUCGCCGUGACCAGAGUCGGGCACACACCAUGUCGGUCGCGGUCAGCAACAGGUUCCAAGGAGGGAAGGCGUUCGGCUUGCUCAAAGCCCGGCAGGAGAGGAGGCUGGCGGAGAUCAACCGGGAGUUCCUCUGUGACCAGAAGUACAGCGAUGAAGAAAACCUGCCGGAAAAGCUCGCGGCCUUCAAAGAGAAAUAUAUGGAGUUUGACCUGAACAAUGAAGGCGAGAUUGAUCUAAUGUCUUUAAAGAGGAUGAUGGAGAAGCUGGGGGUCCCCAAGACCCAUCUGGAGAUGAAGAAGAUGAUCUCGGAGGUGACAGGCGGUGUCAGUGACACCAUCUCCUACCGCGACUUCGUGAACAUGAUGCUGGGCAAGCGGUCGGCUGUCCUCAAACUGGUCAUGAUGUUUGAAGGAAAAGCCAAUGAGAGCAGCCCCAAGCCAGCUGGCCCCCCUCCCGAGAGAGACAUCGCCAGCCUGCCCUGAGGACCGGCCUGGACCCUCCAGGCUGCCGUCCGCCCUUGGCUCUCUGCUUUCUCCACUCCUUGUCAUCUGCCUUCUAUGUUUUGUCCUAAUGGACUCAUUUCUUCUUCAUUUCUGAUUCUUUAUGGAUGCACAUGUUACCUGCCUUAACGAGACUGGGGAACCCUAAGCCUCAGGACCCCUGCUCUCUGCUUCCUGCUGCCCUGCCCUCCCUACACAGAAGGACUGACAUCAAAACUGGAGAGGGCAUGGAGGCCGCACACCUGAGUUCCUAUGUUUGAAGAGGGUCUUGCCCAUCAAUUCAUCUUUCUAGGUUUCUCGAGACAGUGUUUGUGUGACAGUCCUGGAACUUACUCUGCAGACCAGGCUGACCUUAAACACACAGAGAUUCACCUGUCUCUGCCUCCCAAUUGCUGGGAUUAAAGGCAUGCACCACCACCGCCCAGCCUCUUUCUAGGUUUCUAAGCUAAAUUCAGGCCGCAGGUUUGACCCUGUUGCCCAUCCUCUCUCCCCACUCUCAAACAAUCCUGAGCAGGCACAAAGCUCCAGGGUGUUCCUGGGUGCCUCACAGACGCAGCUGAUUCCCCUUGGUUCUUGCCACUCUCGGUCCACAGUGACGUGACACAAGGUGGGGAAUGGAAGAAUUGGAGUCCUUCAAAGGAACCAGAAGGAACUUCCGGCUUUACUUCUUGUGACCAUACCUUUACAGACAGCUCAGAGGGAUAGUGCAGUCUGCUGUCCCUUGUUGGGCAGGAAAGGGUCUCAGAGGCAGAGGUGAAGAUAGUGGCUCUGGGGAGCCCCACUUCUAGGGAGGAUGCUGAGGGUGCCAGGGCAGAAGAGGAGUCAGGUGAUCAUGAUGGACCUAAAACAGAGAAACAAGCUGACUGUAAGAUGCCCUGAAUCCGGCUAUUUCCGCUCCUUCCUCCACUCACCGAGUCCUCCCUCCACUCACCCAGUUCUCCCUUCACUCACCCAGUCCUCAGCAGUUCUUUGCUGAGUGCCUAUUCCAAGCUUUAAGUCCUGCUCUGUCUUGAUGUGUGCUAUGUCCACCUCCUAGCUCCCUUCUCCAGUCACUCAAGACCUGGGUGGAGCCUGGGGAUGAGACCCAGGUCACCUGCAGAUUUUAACCAGGUCAUACCUCUCAUUUCACUAUGUGCCCUACAGGGGUUAAGGACCUUGCUGGAAGGUCAGGGAGUUAAUCUAGAGAGAGCAUGAACUGGCACCCAGGUGGUCAGGUGCAUUGGUCAAAGAGAAGGGUGACUUAUCUCCCAGCCUGAUACUUGAGGAAGGUGUCACCCUCCAGACUGGCUGUGGGUUCAGGUAAAGGCCAAGCCUGCCUUGGCAGUCUGUCUUCCCUUCACCUUCUUGACUGAUCCUCAGAGACCAUUUCCAAGAAUUACUGCAGUGAGUAUCAAACUUGACCUAUCUUACCUGAGUGGGGACUUCAGCCUGACCCUGCCCGUGUUCUGGAACCUGUUGCCCUGGCCACUCAGGACAAGACACAGUCAUUCAGCAAACAAAUUUAUCAAGCAUUCACUAUAUGCACUGAGUCCAGAACCCAACAGUGAAAUGGGCUGAAACAUGAAACGUGGGUCUCCUGGGGAAUCACACCCAGCCAAGGACAGUGUGAUGUUAGGAAAUGGGGAGGGGCAGCAGCGGCAAGAGGUCAGUAACCUGUAGUCCCAGGAAUUCCAGCUGACUCGUGACUUGGUAAGACUGUUAGAAGAGCCUAACCCCUAAGUGGGAAAAGACUGGAAACCAUUGAGCUAGUGUGGUUUCCUGGGGCUCCUUAGUGUCCCACAGCAGCUGGAGACCGAAGCAAAUGGCACAGAAUGAUUGGCCCCUCCUGGCCCCGUUAUCCUCUGGUCUCAACCAGUCCAGCUCAGCAUACACCGUUUAGCUACGCAUCAAAUGCAGUCUAGUUGAUGUUUAAACCCCAGCGUUCCUCCCUGUAACAGAAAAUCCUGUCUACCCUCACCCCAUCUGUUGACUUUUUUUUUUU